AUGGGAAAGGAGAAAAAGUAUCUUCUGAAAACAGAACCAUCGGAGUGGUCGUGGGAGGACCAAGCAGCUAACGGAGGCGUAAGCAAAUGGGAUGGCGUUAAGAAUAAACAGGCCCACAAAUAUCUCAAGUCCAUGGCCCUCCACGAUCUCUGCUUCUUCUACCAUUCCGGCCCCAAGGCCCGCCGCAUCGUCGGUGUUGUCUCCGUCUUCCGCGAGUGGUACCCCGACGGAGACGGCGGUGCCGUUGACGUCAAGGCCGUUGGGGAAAUGAGGAGGCCCGUAGACUUAAAAGAGAUGAAACAUUUCAAAGAUUUCGCUCUGUUGAAGCAGCCAAGGCUUUCUGUUGUCCCCGUUCCCGAUCACAUUUGGGAUAAUAUCUGCGCUUUGGGAGGUGGCUAUGACGGUGAUGGUAAACCAUCUCACCCUAACCCUUUUACUUUUGCUAUGAAUUAA